CUCUCUCUCUCUCUCCCUCCCAAUUUCGUAAGCUUUCGAAGAGAGACGGAGAAUGGGGGGCUGCGCCACGAAGCCUCUGGAUUUGAGGAAGGAAGCGGAGGCUCCUAAACCGGCUGACGAGCCGGGCGCCGGCGUUGCUGAGCCGGCCGGCGUUUCUGAGCCGGCGAAGGCUGAGGAAGCUGGUUCGGGAGAGGAGAAAGCUGAAGGACAGAAAUCUCUAGGCAAUCUCUUCAAAGAGAAGGAGGCGGAGUCCACCGUUGCAGUCGGGGAGGAGAAACCAAAGGAGGAGACUGAUAAAGCCUCGACCAAAGAUGCAGAGUCGAAGCCGGAGGCCUCUGAGGUUAAGGCCGAAGCCGUUGCUGCUGCUGAGGAGCAGCAGCAGUGAAGAGAGCUGAUGAAGGAAAUAUUGUCUUCUUGUUCUGUGAUAUUUGUUGGUUCAAUGAUCGAAUGCUUACAUGGUGCAUGUGUUUUGAAGGAUGGUUUGAUUUUCAUAUUUUGGUAAUUUCCUUGAUUAUCAUUUUGUUAUGAAGUGAAGGAUUUGAUUCUUUAUUUGGAAGAAAGAAUUAUUAUCUUGGGUUAAUGUGUAAUUAAGUACUUGUGGAAAUAUUUAUCG